CUCGACAGCGUUCACACUACCUACCACGCCACAAUUGUACUAUAGCUGCCACUUACCACCAGGCGUUGACGUAAGGUAUUGACACAUUCGUGAGGCUGACCAAAAGAGCAAUUCGCCCCUGAAAGUAGCCGACACACGCGGCAAUGACCUGGAACGACCGAUAUCGUAGCUACCUUGAGCCGUGGGACCCCGUGAAAUAUGGCAUUUGGGCCGUGUCCACGAGCGCCAAGGAGGCGUUCCAGCAUGGCAGCUAUCGCGUCCUCUUCAGCCUAUCUCAGCUCCUUGACCUGGGCUGCUACAAAUGGUUCAAAGUCCUCAACGAAAAUUUCGUCCGCUUCGAGACAAACAAGACGGCCAUUCCCAAGCUCGUCCCUCAAUGCUGUGGCGUUGUGCUCGAGCUCGGCCCCGGGCUGGGCAACCAGCUGUGUCGCUAUGACAAGAGCAAGGUAGCACGCAUCGUCGGCGUGGAAUGUAAUCCUCACUUCGCGCCAGACUGUGAACAGCAGAUCGAGGAGCAGGGGCUGCGUGGUAUCUACGAGCUCGUCGUCAGCGGCGUUCAAGAGAGUGACGUCCUUGAAAAGCAUGGCAUCACGGCAGAGAGCCUCGAUACCGUGCUUAGUAUCCAGGUGCUGUGCUCGGUGCCCGAUCCGGAGGCCAUGGCCAAGGAGCUGUACCGCCUGCUCAAGCCCGGCGGCAAGCUGAUCUUCUGGGAGCAUCAUCGUAAUUCGGACUGGCUGACUGCGACGGUGCAGCAUCUCUGGAAUCCUAUUUGGUGGCCGCUCAUAGGGGGCUGCAACAUGACGCGUAAUAUGAGAGCGAUCCUUGCCUCGGCCGGGAGGUGGGAGAACUAUGACAGCAUUGAAGGGGAUGAGCAGCCUUGGAGCAUGCUGCCAAGAGUAUGGGGAGUGUUAGUCAAGCCGAGGGCAUAAAAUUCCAUGCCAGAUG